AUUGGUGGUGGUUUACACGUGACCAGACAACUUUGUACAUUUGACAGAGAGUAGGAGGGUUUUGUGGAGAUCAGAAUAACGACAGAGCGAUAAAAAUUAGUAUUGUUGCACUUCACAAAUUAAUGAUCAUGAGUUCAUACUUGAUAAACUCGAACUAUAUCGAACCUUCCUUUCCUCCAUGCGACGAAUAUCAACAGAACGGAUACAUCCCCGCCCCUACUGAGUACUACGAACGGCCAAAAGAUUCGGGCUUUCCCCAUCACGACGAGGCGUCCUAUCCGAGGUCAAACUACACAGAACCGAGCUACGACUACAGUAAUGUCUCCAACAACGGUCUCGACGAUUUCACCGACAGGCAUCACGCACAGGCUCACCCCGUUGCCCAGAACCAUGGCCCUCGCCUCAACCCAGUCCCAGACAGCGGUGCCGUGGCGGACGUGAGCAAAGACUGCAGCCUCGCCACUGAGUCUUAUUCCAGCGCACAGAAGGGAAAGGAAGUGCCUGUGGUCUACCCCUGGAUGAAGAAGGUCCAUGUUGUCAAUGCUACUUACAAUGGAGGAGUGCCCAAGAGGUCUCGCACUGCCUACACCCGCCAGCAGGCUCUCGAGCUGGAGAAAGAAUUCCACUUCAACCGCUACCUGACCCGACGCAGGCGCGUGGAGAUCGCGCACACGAUGUGCCUGACCGAACGUCAGGUGAAGAUCUGGUUCCAGAACAGAAGGAUGAAGUGGAAGAAAGAUCACAAGCUGCCGAACACAAAGAUCCGCUCCGCGAGCUCAGCCUCGUCCUUGGGAGCACAGCAGCAGCAGCAACAACAGAAAAUCAAAACAGCCACGCACCAGCAGCUUGUUCCCACGCCUUGCACCGCGAGCCUAUAGUGAUGGAACCCUCGCGCCAAACCAACAGACUGAGAACAGAACACAGAAACUGAAUUUUGUGGCCCGAUUCUCGAGUAUGGCCCCCAUGGUAUUAACCCAUUCCCUUGGCCCUUGGGCCUGUCGCGUCCUUUCAAAACCAUUUCCCCUCUCAACCUCCUCUUUCUGUUUGUUCACUCUCUCCUCAUUAUGGAGCUCGAAAUCCGCCACGUACUGCCCAAGAUGGCAACUGAAAUGUAUGUACUUGUUUAUUAAAACAGAAGGUUAACGCACAUUCAAAUGCACCACAGGACUUUGGAUUAUAUGUAUCAUUGCAUAGAAUAAAAAGAAAGAGACUGAGACGAUAGAUAUGUGAGGCCGCGUUUUUCUUUUUCUUCUAUGCAAUGUUUUUGUUUAUUCUCGUGGAAAGUUUUAAUAUACUUGAAAGAAUGACGAUGUUUUAGGAAAACUCGAGAGCCCGGUCUGAGACCUAUCACGAGGUUUAGAAUGGGACAGGGUCGUAGUUAGGGUUUAGCUCGUGAUGUGUGAAUGAGUUGGUUUACUGUUGAAUGUGUUAUUAAGUCGUGUAAUGUCCAGGUGACUUUCAACCCUAAUGUACAUAGACAAAUCAUAGCGAAGGCACAAUACUGAAUCCAUUUUCUUGGCUAAAAAAAGACGACCUCGUUUGUUUGUUCGUGUAGUAGUGUAGACUCGUUUUAUCUGUGAUAGUGUGUCCCUAUUUUGUGGUGUGAUCUAAACUGUGAAUAUUUGUAUAUGUUGUUUGAUUAAUGGACGGUGUAAUAAUGUAUUGUAGUUUAGGCACAUGCAAGAAACGUUUCCCGUCAAAUAAAUAUGUACUUCAAUUGUAUGGCUGAUAUUGGUUUGCAUAUAAUAUUGUAAGAUAUUUCAGAAUAAUAUGCAUUGAGUUAGAUACAAUUUUUGAAUGCUAUGGUAACAAUAGCAUAACUUGUCUAUAGCGUAGGCCUAUGUCAAAGGCCGCACAAGGCUCACAAACUCAAUACGCAUAGUGCUUGUUUCUUUAACGUUUAUGACAUAACAGUAGUUUUCAUUC